UUAGGUUGUGACAGAUGACACAACUCCGAAGGUCCCUGAAACGUCAGAAUUUUUUGGAACAAAUUUCUUGAAAAAAAAUGGGGUAAAACGUGUUUUCGCGAGUGAAUCUCGACCUUGAUUAAAAUAACACCCGUGAGUGUAAAAAUGACUCGCAAAUGAAACGCCGGAAAGAUUUUAACACCUUCGGAGUAGAAGAUCGUUCAUCUGUCAAUGGCCACAUCAUCUGGCCUUGAUGAAAAUAUUUAAUCAGCCUUAUCAAACCACGUAUUUAUCUUCAUCCACAAACGACAUCAUCCACCUGCCAAACGUCAUCAAUCUAACUCCAAUUCUUCAAAAAGUGCUCCAAAUUUCAUCGUCUCGAGAAACCUAACCUCAAAACCUUGUGCGUCUCUUUUUAAAAUUUCGAUGAAUUUUUUCCAGUUGUGACUGCAAAGUAGGCCAAACCGAUCCUCAAAUCGAGGGGAAAACGUGUUUCAUCGUUAACAAGUGAAAAAUUGUUAUUUAUAAUUAAAGGAAGUGCGUAGCGAAAUUUUCAUUCCUAGCAUAUGCUUUGGUUCGGAGGAUUUUUGGGCAAUUGCCGAAGUGUUUUUUUUUUUAAAUGCAGUGCUGGGAAUAAGUUUUGAAAUGCUAAAGUGCCAAUAAAUAGUGAUAAAAAUGCGACACACGUUUAGAGAUAUGGAAAUUUACUGCCUUCGAUGAUAAGUGAAAGAAUUUUAGUGGUAGGAUGUGUUUUUUUGAGUGCUUGAUUUCUUGACAAACAGGCUGACGAAUUUGAGAAAAAUGACGAGUCUGGUGAUAAUUUUUGGAGCUAUGCUCCUUUUUGGAUGCAACUUUCAUUUUAUGGAUGCAGAAGAAGAAAAUAUUGAGUUUAUGGGUAGAGAAGAAAGGGAGGCUUUAAAGGAAGAAGCUCGUGAUAUGUUCUACCAUGCCUAUAACGCAUAUAUGGAUAACGCCUAUCCAGCAGACGAAUUGAUGCCAUUGAGUUGUAAGGGAAGAUACAGGGGUACCGAAGCAAAUAGAGGAGAUAUUGAUGCCACUCUUGGGAAUUUUUCGUUGACUCUCGUCGAUACUUUGGACACGCUCGUUGUACUGGGAGAUUUCGAGGAAUUUGAAAAUGCAGUGAGGCUAGUCAUCCGAGAUGUAACUUUUGAUACAGAUGUUAUAGUCUCCCUUUUCGAAACCAACAUCAGAAUGCUUGGGGGUCUUCUAAGUGGCCAUAUUUUAGCGGAAUAUUUGCAGCAGAGGGCUGAAAUUAUGCCAUGGUACCGAGGCGAACUUUUAGACUUAGCCAAAGAUUUAGGAUACCGUUUCUUGCCCGCAUUUAAUACGACUACAGGAAUUCCAUAUGGGCGGAUUAAUUUGAGGCAUGGAAUGAAAGGAGUACCUUUAGAAGUAUCUCGAGAAACUUGCACAGCCUGUGCUGGGAGCAUGAUUCUAGAAAUGGCUGCUCUUUCAAGACUGACAGGAGAGUUAAUUUUCGAGGAAAAAGCGCAGAAAGCCAUGGACGUUUUGUGGCGAAUGCGACAUCGAGGAACCGAUUUGAUGGGUUCGGUUCUGAAUGUCCAUUCCGGGGAUUGGGUGCGCCGAGAUUCCGGAGUUGGGGCCGGAAUUGAUUCCUACUACGAAUAUUGUUUAAAGGCAUAUAUAUUAUUAGGGGAUGAGAAAUAUUUGGGGCGAUUUAAUAGGCAUUAUGAAGCUGUGAUGAAGUAUGUUAGCCAAGGGCCAAUGUUGCUCGACGUUCACAUGCACAGACCGAACACCAAUGCGAAAAAUUUCAUGGAUGCUCUUCUGGCUUUUUGGCCAGGGCUUCAGGUGCUGAAGGGUGAUAUUAAACCGGCAGUGGAAACUCACGAGAUGCUCUAUCAAGUUAUGCAGAGACACAAUUUUAUUCCAGAAGCAUUCACAACAGACUUUCAGGUUCACUGGGGCCAUCAUCCCUUGAGGCCGGAAUUCCUGGAGUCGACCUAUUUCCUAUAUAAAGCGACCGGUGAUCAUUAUUAUUUAGGAGUCGGUAGAAAAGUUCUGAAGAGUCUGCAGACUUAUGCGAGAGUGCCUUGUGGUUAUGCGGCCGUUUCAGACGUCCGGACUAAUAAACACGACGACACGAUGGACAGUUUUGUUCUCUCGGAAACUUUGAAAUAUCUUUUUUUGUUAUUCGCCGAGCCCAGCGAACUUAUUCUCGAUUUGGACGAGUUUAUUUUCACCACCGAGGGCCAUUUACUGCCGCUCAGUUUGGCCUCUGUCCGGACAAAUGCAUCGGUCCAGGAUUUCGAAAGAGAGGUCGUACAAGUUGACGAUUCGGAUAGAACUUGUCCGAAUAGUCUGCAUUUAUUCCCUGCAUCAGUGAGACAACCUUUACGAAAUAUGGUUGAAGAUGUCUGCCCUAGACGAAAUUUCAAACGAAGAUUAAGCGCCUCACAAUUCCAGGCGAACAAUCUUGAGCAUUUGAAAAUGCUGGGCGACAUGGGAAUUACAAUUUUGACUCUGCAAGAUGGUCGUGUUCAAUUUCUUCACACUUUUUCGAAUGCUAAAAGUACACACGACGCCGAGGAGGGACUACUUUUUAUGCAGGAAAUGAUUGAACUGAGUAAAAUGCAGUCGCAACAAUCGGAAACGAAACCACAGUCGGUUGUUUUUACAAAACCGGGAAGCGAUCCGCCCCAGGAAGUGACACUUUUGGCCGGACCGGCACAUUUCUCGCCAGAGUUGAGAGGAUCGAAUAAAAUUUCGGGAAAAGUCAUUUUUGCAAAUCCACUCUCGGGUUGUUCCGAUUUUAUCAAUGAAGAGAAAUUGAGGGGGAAAAUUGUCAUUGUUAAUCGGGGCAGUUGCAUGUUUAUUGAAAAGGCACGAAAAAUACAAAAAGCUGAAGCUUUGGCAGGAAUUGUUUUGGAUAAUGUUCCGGGUUCAAGUGCCGUCAAUUCACCGAUGUUUGCAAUGUCCGGCGACGGAAAAGAAGUCGAUGAUGUGAAAAUUCCCUUUGUUUUUCUAUUCAGCAUCGAAGCUAAUGAACUUCUUCAAGCGAUUCGCUCCAACGGAUUGCUCACAGUCACCAUAAGUGACUUUGCACAGAAGGACGAGAUCCACCUGAAAGCACCAACCGACCAAUCAAUGUUCGAGAGAUUAAAAGGCUCCCUCAAUGAAUUCCUGAGUCGGCAAAUAAUGCCCCAGAAUGUCCUGUCAAGAAGUCCGCCGGUUGACGAGAAUCUGGACCUCCUCGACGUGGAGACUCCCCUCGGCGAGUUUGGCCACCUGCAAGCAAUUCUCGCAAAAGGUACGCCCCAGAGCGAAAUCCGGAUCACAGCGAAACCCGGGGUGCCUUUCACCCCGACAAAAAUCUCCGAGAGCAAGUCUUUUCUGGAGAGACAGUGGAAAAACUUGAAGCAGCUCUUCGUGAACGAAAUCUACGCCCCGGGUCGACAAAGCAGCGGCGUUCAGGUGAAAGUCACCUUCCUCAAGAGCCAAUUCGAGACGAUGAUGCUCGAGCGUGGAAUGAAAAUUGAGGCCAUCAACAAUUCGAGUCUGCUCGUGAAAGUUCUCUGGUUUCUGAAGGAGCUGAGCGAGCUCACGCCCGAGAAAACGGCGACAAUCGACGAACUGAUGGGACUCAGUGCGGCCAAACUCUUCUCCCUCAAGUCCGCCAACAAUCAUUUCAAGCACCAACUCGAGAAGUUGAGGUCGAAGAAGGAGGAAAUGGACCGACUCUUUCGAUCCCUCGAGGCCGGAAGUCUCCAGGUGAGGGACGACUCUUUGUUCAAGAAACUGAUGCAGGAUGUCGUGAAGGGCAAUGAGAAAGCGGUGAAUCAGCACUUUGAACUGCUCGAUCGGAUCUUUAAAUUCGACUCGAAGGAGAAGUCGUCGGACGAGAAGGAAGAGUGUAAAACGGAAACGCAGAAUUUGUCGGAUUUCGAGCAGAUGGUUUUCUCGGAAAUAGAGAAGGCGGUCCAUCCGGGGAAGGAGGUUCAGGAGAAAGAGUUGACGGAGAAUUCGAAGGCACUGGAGAAAGUUCUCGAGCUUUUGAAGGAUUUCGAGAAAGAGAAUUCGAGAAAGAGGAGGGAAAGUGAGGAGGAAGGGACGAAGGAGACUACUCUGGAUUUGGAGGAUUUGAAAAAGCCGGUUUGGGCCGUCUGGGAAGCGGAAGAUUCGGAAAAUACCCCGAAAUCGGAAAAUUCGAAUGGUGCUUUCGAGGCCGAAUUUGAAUAUCAGGAGGAAUUUGAGAGAAAGGAAAGACAUAUCGACGAAUUAUAACGUUAAAUUAACACUAAAUUUGAACAAAACAGAGUCUUUCGAUUUCAUUUUUUUUUUUGCGGAUGUACAGAUUUGUAAAUAAUUUUAGGAGAGUUUGUACAUAUUUGAGCUCUUGAAGAGUCGUUAAUUAUUAGUUUUAAUUAAGUAACUAAUUAAUUGAUUAAUUAAUACUCUUUUCUUUUUUCCAAAGGGUUUUGUAAUUUAAAUUGAUCUUUACUAAUUGAGAAGCGAGGAAAAACUAUUUUUUGUGGAUAUUUUCUUCUUCAGAGAAGUGAUGAACAUUCCAAAGUUUUUUUUUUUUUCUAGGCAAAAAAAAAACAAAGAGAAAAAUUUCUAAAUUGAAUCAAAGCAAUAUUGUAAAUAUGAAGAAUGUACAUCGAAACUUUUGUCUGGUUGUUUUGUAAAUGUGGAGAUAUAUGUACGAAAAUAAUAUGUGCUCUCGAAGAAAAAAAAAAAGAAAAA